CUAUUAUAUUAUACUAAAUUGCUGAAAAAACAAAGGGAAUUCAAAUAUUGCUUUGAUUUUUAAAUAUAUAUUUUUUUUAACAACCAAACAAACCGAACCGAGUUCGGCCACGUCCCCCCGGCUUUUUGACUCAGUGCGUGCUGCCACCGGAGAAUAUAUAAAUGCUCAUCAGCUUUGCCCAAAGCCACUGUGGUGGUAAACAAAGAGCUAAUCCCUUUACAAUACAAAAACCCUGCGGGCUUGCCUCCGACGGAGAGAGAUGGGUUGGAGAGGGAUCUUGGGUUUUGAGUACGGCAUAGUGCAAGCACCACUGGGGCCCGAUAUUUCCGGCCCGGAGCUUGUUGCCGCCGUUGCUAACGCCGGUGGAAUUGGUCUCCUCCGAGCCCCUGAUUGGGAGUCACCGGACUACUUACGGGAGUUGAUAAGGAAAACACGAACCUUAACAGACAAACCAUUUGGUGUUGGUGUUGUUCUUACAUUUCCACAUAAGGAAAACAUAAAGGCUAUUCUGGAUGAGAAGGUAGCUGUCUUGCAAAUAUCAUGGGGUGAAUGUUCCCAGGAGCUUCUACUUGAGGCUCGUCGUGCUGGGGUCAAGGUUGUACCCCAAGUUGGAAGUUUCGAAGAAGCAAAAAGGGCAGUUGAUGCGGGUGUAGAUGCAAUUAUUGUCCAAGGACUUGAAGCAGGAGGGCAUGUAAUUGGUCAGGAGGGUUUGAUAGCAUUAUUGCCAAGGUUGGUUAAUCUUGUUGGGGAUCAAGACAUUCCCGUUAUCGCUGCCGGGGGUAUUGUGGACGCACGUGGUUAUGUUGCUGCGCUCGCCCUCGGUGCUCAAGGCGUCUGCCUCGGCACAAGGUUUGUUGCAACUAGUGAAAGCUAUGCUCACCCUACAUACAAGAGGAAGUUGAUUGAAGCCGACCAAACUGAAUAUACCAACGUUUUUGGUCGGGCAAGGUGGCCCGGGGCACCUCACCGUGUCCUGCAAACACCUUUCUUCAAUCAAUGGAAAUCCCUUCCUCUUCAUGAGAAUGAAGCCAACCAGCCUGUUAUAGGUCUUUCAACAAUACAUGGCGUGGAAAAAGAAAUUAGGCAGUUUGCGGGUACUGUUCCAAAUUUGACGACCACAGGUGACAUUGAAAGCAUGGCGCUGUAUGCUGGCGAAGGUGUAGGGCUUAUUGAGGAAAUUUUACCCGCCGGUGAAGUGGUCCGAGGACUGGUUGAAGGGGCUCAACAUCUGAUCCACAGCAAAUUUAGUGGCGUAUAAUUAAGCCAAGGUUGAGCAAGUCCUUGAACCAAAUAAAUAGCCUCCAAAAUGUUGUUGAUAAUGGAAAUUUGGGUACUGUGGAUAAUAAAAGACUCAACAGUGUCUCUUGUGUUUGCUUGAGUUAUGUUUGCGUGGUUGUUGUC